UGGCAAUUCUGUUAGCCGAGUAUCAACAAUGAAAUUAAGCGAAGUUUUGUUGAGGUGGUCCUAAAUAAAUAAAAAGAUAUGGCAUUAACAAUAUUAAAUCGCACUCUUCAAAAAAGAUACAUAAACAUACAAAACAUACAAAAAGAUACAUCAUAUUGUCUUAGUAUUAUCUUCAAACACAAUGUUUGGUAUUCAACGAAGAAAUCUGUAACUAAUGUUGAAUCUGAUGAAACUGACAAGAGACAAGUCAGUACAGUAGAAGUAGUCAAAGAAAAUCUGAAGUUUACUGGACAACUAGGAAUAAUAAUAAGUGGCAUUGGAAUUACAGCACUCAUAUUAUAUACAUUAUUUUCGGAAUUAUUCUCCAGUGAAAGUCUGGAUGCCAUUUAUAGUAAAGCUCGUAUACGUUGCAUAGAACAUCCAAAAAUUAUAGAUACACUUGGAACUCCUAUAAAAGCUUAUGGAGAUGAAACAAGUCGUAGACGCAGGAGAGCUAUUAGUCAUAUGCAUUAUAUUAAAGAUGGUAUUGAACAUAUGAAACUGAAGUUUUAUUUAGAAGGAUCAAGACGUCGUGGAACAGCAUUUGUAGAAAUGAAAAAGAAUGAGUCUGGUAAAUAUGAAUAUUCAUAUUUAUAUGUUAUGGUGAAACAUUUUGGAAUAAUCAGAAUAGAACCCGAACAAGACAUAGCAACAGACAUGCUGCAAAAUUAAGAAUUUAUAUAAUUUGUUUGGAUUUUGGUUAAUAUAAGAAAGAGAGAGAUAUAUA